GUUUCCGCUUCCCUGGGAAGUUUGUUCCGCUCGAGGUGCGUCAUAUAGUUACUGGGGUUAGAGAGGGAAUCUUUGCCGGCAGCUUAAAGGGGAUUUACACAGAAAGCUUUACACAAGUGUCACGGGAAAAUGGAGGACUUCAACUUGCACUACAGAUUCCUAAAUUGGAGGAGAAGAAUAAGAGAAAUAAGAGAAGUACGUGCAGUACGUCAUCAAGAGAGGUACAAGCGCAUUCUUGUUGAUGGAGACAUACUGAGUUACCAUGGAAACUCGGAUGAAGUUGGUUGUUACGUGGCUCCUCGUCCUUUGACAAAGGAGAACAAUUAUUUUGAGGUGUGUAUAAUGGAUACUGGUGUGAGAGGGACAAUUGCAGUCGGAUUAGUCCCGCAGUACUACAAGCUAGAUCACCAACCAGGAUGGCUUCCACAUUCUGUUGCUUAUCAUGCAGAUGAUGGCAAGUUGUUUAAUGGAAAUGGUGUGGGCCAGCAGUUUGGGCCAAAGUGUUUUGCAGGUGAUCGAAUUGGGUGUGGUGUCCAGACAGAAUUCUUUGACAGAGGAAUGGCAACUGUGUUUUUCACAAGAAAUGGAAAAGAGGUAGGUUCUGUCGUGAUGGCCAUGUCGCCGGAUGGGUUGUUCCCGGCAGUUGGAAUGCACUCUCUUGGAGAAGAAGUUCGCAUUGACUUGCAGGCAGAAUGGGGACUGGAUGAAGACGACAGUGCCAUGAUGGUCGACAGCCAUGAAGAUGAAUGGGGCCGUCUACAUGAUGUUAAAGUUUGUGGAACACUAUUAGAAUACAUCGGCAAAGGGAAGAGCAUAAUGGAUGUCGGUCUGGCGCAAGCACGACAUUCCCUCAGCACCAGAAGUCAUUACUUUGAAGUCGAGAUCGUUGACCCCGGUGAAAAAUGCUACAUUGCCUUGGGAUUGGCACGAAAGGAUUACCCCAAAAAUCGUCACCCUGGCUGGAGUCGAGGGUCUGUGGCCUAUCAUGCAGAUGAUGGCAAACUAUUCCAAGGAAGUGGAGUGGGAGAUCCCUUUGGUCCACGCUGUUACAAGGGGGACAUCAUGGGUUGUGGUAUCAUGUUCCCUCGAGAUUAUAUUUUAGACAGUGAUGCUGACAGCGAUGAGUGUACUGACGCCGCAGAAGUGAAUUACAAACAGAGGCGUGUGAGGAACAUCAUGUAUUUUAAUGAUGAGGAUGAAGAGGAUGAAGGAGAGGAUAUGGAGCAGGAAUAUGAUGGAAAGAAAGUAACGGUGUUUUUCACUCGAAAUGGGAAGAUAAUUGGCAGGAAAGAAGCACCAGUGCCAUCUGGCGGUUUCUACCCAACUAUCGGGAUGCUGAGCAAUGGAGAAAAGGUGCAAGUCGACCUGCAUCCACUGAGUGGCUGAACUGUUCACCAUUCUCUCACCCAACACGGCAAGCAAGCUGUACUUCCCAUCGCCAUCUACCGGCUGAUUCUGGGGUUGCCUGAAACACCACAGAGGGUGCACAAUAUCGACCGUUCUAGUUGGCCAUUGUAUGUAAUUCUGCGACUAUGUUAGUGUAUUUAACAAACGGUUAUGUAGGCCAAGUGAUUAGUCUGGUUUUUCUUUUCCUCUUCUCUUCAGUUUUGUUACCUCCUGCUUUAAAACACUAAAAAUCCUUUGUACACAAAAAAGCUGGAGACACUCAGCGGGUGCAGCAGCAUCUAUGGAGCGAAGGAAAUA